AGACCUACAUUGCACUGCUUGUUGUCAUAUAACUUGUACAUGACAAAUAAAAUCUUGAAUCUAAAACAUAGAUUAACUUGGUCCUGGAGGCACCCAAACGCACAUUUUGCAUGUCUCUUUUGUCUGACACACCAAUUUCAGGUCUUGGGAGUCUCUACUAAUGAGCUGAUGACCUGAGUGUUUGAUUCAGGAGAUAUUCAAAGCGUGCAGAGUUGGGAUGCCUCCAGGACCAGGUUUGGGAACCACUGGGUUAGAACAAUGGGUUUUUAUGUCCAAAGAAAGUGCCAUGCAUGAGAGCGAGUUGGGCUUAAGUCAAUCAUCCUUCGCAUUUGGUGAACGUCAGAAAUUCCUCUGGCCAGUGAGCAGGCAUCCAUCAGGCUUCCCCUUCAGUGUUAACACUCUGUAGCAUCCUUCAGACAAGGUCGUGCACUUUUGCCUUUCCCCAUGACACACAACCAAAAAAAAGUCGCGUCGGUGACUCCUGAACGCAGUCAUUGCGUGCCUCCUCACGAGGACGGAGACGCGGACACAGCUUGAAAUCGCAAUCAUUUAUUGUUGACAGUUAGUAGGAUGGCCGGUUCGCAUGUGUUCGCUGCAAUAGGUUUCUCCAAGAGCACGAUUGUAAACGAUUCCGCAAGCGCGCGAGAAUAUUUCGCCAGGAAAAUAGGGGCACGAGACCAGAAAAUGAAUUCCGCGACGACUGUUUGAGCGGUUCUUCGUUAUGACUGCAUUUAUCCUGCUGAGUUUAUGAACAGACCGACAAACUGCAAGCGAACAUGAACAACACUAGCCAUAAAACAGCAUUUGUUACCGAGCAGCAGCAUGGUCAAAUCGGACGCUUUGAGUCGCGCUCUGAGGUCUCGUGAAGUCUUCAGCGGUGACGAGACAGAGGAGACAGAGGCGGAGGCGAGUCCGUGAACGGAGGACUUGGGCUGCGAUUAAGACUCUGGGACCAAUUCCGUCAUUUGACCGGGCAUCCUUCUCCUUAAAAUAAUCAUCACAGACUCGCAGAGCGAGUCUGUGAGCUGUGCAGUGUGGGACGCUGUCUGCCCCGUUGUCAUCAGACGUCAUGAGCUGGAGCUUCCUGACACGUCUGCUGGAGGAGAUCCAGCACCACUCCACGUCGGUGGGGAAACUCUGGCUCACUGCGCUAGUUGUCUUCCGCAUCGUGCUGACUGUGGUGGGCGGCGAGUCCAUAUACUACGAUGAGCAGAGCAAGUUUGUCUGCAACUCGGGCCAGCCGGGAUGUGAGAAUGUCUGCUACGAUGCCUUUGCGCCGCUCUCGCACGUGCGAUUCUGGGUCUUUCAGAUCAUCCUGUCCGCCAUGCCCUCUCUGCUCUAUAUGGGCUACGCAGCCAAUAAGAUCUCCCACAACGAGGAAUUGAGGGGCGGUGCGGGGGCCGGGGCUCCAGCCGUAAGAAACUCAGUAGGGGGCGGAUACACUCAGCGCAGACCGAGAAAGAUGUACUUUGGUGCGCGGCAGCAUCGGCCAGGACAUGAGGAUGGGGAAGAGGAACGCGAGGAUGACCCCAUGAUCUAUGAAGUGCCUGAGAUAGACAACACGCGUCGUGAGCUGGUGCCACCACGUCCCAAACCCAAAGUGCGCCACGAUGGGCGCCGGCGAAUACGAGACGAUGGUCUGAUGCGAGUGUAUGUGUUACAGCUGCUGACACGCUCCGCACUGGAGGCAGGCUUUCUGGCGGGACAAUACCUGUUAUACGGUUUUCGAGUGGAACCAAUCUAUGUGUGCUCAGAUAAACCCUGUCCACACCACGUGGACUGCUUCAUCUCACGCCCCACAGAAAAAACCAUCUUCCUCCGAAUUAUGUAUAGCGUCAGCUGCAUUUGCCUGCUACUAAACCUGUGGGAAAUGAUUCACCUCGGAGUAGGAACUAUCCGGGAUGCACUGCGCAAACGAACUGAAUCAGCCACCGAUGAUGAGUACCAGCUUAGCUUGCUUGCAGCUGGGGGCGUGUCUGUCGGAGUAGGUGGGCCUUCACUCAGCGAAGGGGAACCAGGAGGCGGAGUUGGGGGCGGCGUUCGAGAAGCAGACUAUGUUGGUUAUCCCUUCUCCUGGAACACUCCUUCUGCACCACCAGGGUAUAACAUCGUGGUGAAGCCCGAGACGAUGCCGUACACAGACCUGAACAACGCCAAGAUGGCUUGCAAGCAAAACCGUGCCAACAUCGCCCAGGAGGAGCAGCAGCAGUACGGCUCCAAUGAAGACAACUUCCCAUCUGCAGGUGAGGCGAGACCGCCUCCCAUCAACAAAGAUGUGAUACAAUUAGAGGCAGCGAUUCAAGCCUAUACCUUGCAGCACAAUGCUAGCAAUAACCACGAUGAGAUGAAUGACACCAAUGACAUCGAUGAGAAGCCUCAGAGCAACAUCGCCACUGCACCACAGAAGGAGCGAAAGCAACGGUCUAAGCAUGGAAAAUCUGGGAGUGCUGGGAGCACCAGCAGCAGCAAGUCCGGAGAAGGCAAACCAUCUGUCUGGAUCUGAAAUUUGCAUGCACACCUGAACAUUAUACUCAGUGGUGCACACUAUCAUUCAUUU